AUGGUUAGCUUCAUCCGUGCUGCCGGCCUUCUGGCCCUUCUCCCUCUCAUUGCCGCCGCCCCAACCGCCGAGGCUAGCGAGCAGAAUGUUCCCUUUUCUUUCGAGAAGUGGGCCGAAGAUAUCAUUGCCAACCCCAACGGACAACAUCCUUCUCCCGAGGAGGCCAUGGCUCUCGCAUUCAACCAGACUUCAAGCGAUGGCCUUGAGAAGCGUCAGCAGGAUGUCAGCUGUACUUUCAACGACAACGACAACGCUGCUUCUGUUGCCGACGCCGUUUGGUGCAUCGACUUCAUCGCUGCUCGCGCCAAUGUCCAGUGCAAAGCAGUCGUCAGCGCCACUGUCUUCUGCCACCGUGGCCAGGCUCAGAUCGCCGGUGUUGCUACCGGCGGCAACCCUCCCAAGGACACCUCCAGUCUGUGUGGCAACGUUGCCCGGUCGGCUGGCCAGAUCAUGGAUGCUUGCACCCGUGGUAGUCUCGUCUUCGGACAGAACAACGCUUGGGGCAACGGCAACAUGAGAGUCCACAUCCGCCGCUAG